AACCAAAACACAGUAGCUCGAUGGUGUACCUAUCUAUACAGAUAGGCAGCAUCAGCGUAGUUUCAAAGAAAACAGCUGUAUAGACGCCGUGCUAGACAUCCUACUCACUCACUUGUUGCACCUACUUUCAAAACUUGAGAUUUUACCUGUUUAUGUGAGAAAGUGAACUUGUUAAUGUGUCUUAUUAGCAUACAGAGUCGAGUUCGAGUUUGUGUUAUCUAAUUUACCGUUACCAAAGUCACAGGGACGCUAAAUAUGCAUGUUGUUUUUAACGUUAUAAUUCGUUAUGAUGCACCUGCAGUGCGGUACAUCGUUUCACGUUUGCCGCGGCGUCGACAUGCACUAACAAAUUAAGCGUACUCCGAUGACUUAUCAAUAAACUAACGACAAUCCACUUAGAGUAGCUACGUGGAUCGACUUGUUGUCGGACAGGUAAAAAAUAUACGAAUUGAGGAGUCACCAGGUCCCAAAAUGACUCAUAAGUGGUCAUUGGCUUGCCCGCAUGCGACUAUUGUUUUGUUUUUACGGUACAUCUUUUAAUUCGAUGAGUAAAGUGCAAAGAAUGUGAAACUAAUGUUAUCUAGAUAAUUUUUCUAUUGUGCCAGUUCUAUUUUCAAAUUAAGUGAAUUACUUAGUUGGCGGGAACAAUUACGUUAGGAAUUAAAAAAGAAUAGUAAAAUGUUAAAGUGUUACAACUGCUAAAGCAAUGGCACAGAGCUCAGUAGACUCGGAUAGACUGUCUUCGGCUGGAAUUUCAACUCAUAGUUCUGGAACGGCGGGUACAGCUGGAGGUUCUGUUGUUGGGGUUAGACCUGGAGAUCCUGGACAUAAGAGAGAGGAUGAAGAUGAUUAUAACCUUGGGCCAUUGCCUCCCAUGUGGGAAAAAGCAUUCACACCUUCCGGAGAGAGAUAUUUCAUAGAUCACAAUACGGGAACAUCACACUGGCUGGAUCCAAGGUUAGCGAGAGUGAGGAAGCAUUCACUCGGAGAGUGUGGAGAAGAUGAACUACCGUACGGCUGGGAAAGAGUCACCGAUGAAAGAUAUGGCUCCUAUUACGUGGACCAUAUUAAUAGACGUACGCAGUAUGAAAACCCUGUACUGCAGGCUAGGAGAUUAAGAGCUGAGAAGUUAGCAUCUGAGAAUGGGGGUGGCAGCCAGACGAACGGGCCCCCACCAGGGGGGGAGUUGCGCGGGGAGAGAUUCACUAUAACGCUCACAAAAGGCACUCAGGGUCUCGGCUUCACGCUUAUCGGAGCUGAGGGUAUUCCUGAAACAGAAGGCUACCUACAAAUUCGAAGUAUCGUGCCUCAUAGCCCGGCAUGGAUUGAUGGAGCCCUUCGUCCAGGCGACGUGGUGGUCGGUGUGGGCGGGCGCGGCGUGCGCGGCUUGUCGCACGCGCAGGUCGCACAGAUCUUCCAGUCUAUUACACCCGGAACUGACGUCAUAUUGCACUUUGUACGAGGUUAUCCACUAACAUUCGACUCAGAAGACCCUAAUACCCGCGUGCUCAGUACAUUGGCGGUGGACGCCACCACGCCGGCGACGUCUGAUGCUGUUGCCAUGCAACAACUAACACGGGCUUUAAGGACCAGGUUCAACUUGGAGUCGCCGAACAGUAACUCAGCGGCGGGUCACGACGAGCCGGACAAGGGGCGCAGCCCCGAGCGCCGCCUGCUCUCGCGCUCCUUCGACCUGGACCUGCCCGCCGCAGAGCCGGCGCCGCCGCGCUGCCCCUCCGCAGACCAUCUCCUCACACUCGCUACUGAGCAUUCAAGUCGAAGCGGCGCGCGGUCGCCGGGCCGAGAGUUGGCGUUGACGCUGCGUCGCGGCGCUGCUGGCUUCGGCUUCACUAUCGCCGACAGUGUGCACGGACAGAAAGUUAAAAAGGUGCUGGACAGAAGUAGAUGCGCUGGGCUGAGAGAAGGCGACCUGUUGCUGCAGAUCGGAGACACCGAUGUAAGACAUGCGCCACAUCAGCACGUCGUACAAGUAUUAAAAGAGUGUCCUGCACUUCAUGAAACAACGCUACGUGUAUGGCGACGGAACAAUGUGACGCGCGCGCCGCGCAGCCGCUCCGCUACUAGAUUACAACAAACGUCAACAAACAACAACCAGUUGUGUAGGAGUAAAACGCCAACGGCAGAGCAAUUACGUUCUCCCGCACAAGAUAAUCUGCGGGACAGACUUGAUGAUAUGAAUACAGAAGCAACAUACGCAGUCCCGGAGCACAAAUCCCGGGAAACGCGCGAGAGUUUAAUGGACCGGAGACGGCGGAGCAGCACUCCCGGCGCGCGCCUUACCCUGCCCGUUGUCUCUCCCUGGACAGAGCCCGCACAGUGGCAGGAAGAGACAUGGAUAGAUAACUCCAAUAACAUACGCAACUGGGCGGAGAAUGCUCAGAAAUGGGAGGGGAACGGACAGAAGUGGGAGGAGAAUGGACAGAAGUGGGAAGAGAAUGGUCAGAAGUGGGAGGAGAAUGCGAAUGGGAACGCUUGGGAUGGGAAUGGGGAGAGAUGGAAUGGUAAUUGGGGGGAAGUACCGACGCCGACUGUACACGUUGAUAUGAACGCUGCAUAUUGGAGGGGGAACGCGAGUGUUGCUGAUAGCAGUGAUAAUGGAGGUUUCCCAGAAGACGGUAUGCUUCAUUCUCCCACAACGGCAGCAAUCGGCGGUCUCUCGCGUCAGUCGCCUUCCACCAGCAGAAUACGUCCUCAUUCACCUUCUAAUUCUACAGGUCGUUUGAGAAGUAAUUCGCCAUCAAACAACAGCGCGACAGACCGAUUGCUGAACAACUCUCCUUCAACUCGUCUGCAGAGUCAGUCGCCUUCAAAUAACUCCUCGAACAGCAGGAUUAAAGGAUCACCUCUGAGACUUGGAGAUAACUCCCCGUCGCGCCACAUGCACUCCCCCGUGCGGCGCUCACCCUGCUACGAGGGGGAGCCACUGCAGCCCGGCGCCUACGGGAACUACCCACAAGUGUCGGGCGGCGGUGCGCUGGACCCUGAAGCCGACGUGCUGGUGCGGCUGGCACGCGGCGUCGCGGGCUUCGGCUUCCGCAUCGUCGGCGGCACCGAGGACGGCAGCCGCGUCGCCGUAGGAUACGUCGUGCCUGGUGGUCCCGCGGACGGUCUACUGCGUGCAGGCGACUUGCUGACGUCGGUAGAUGGCGUUUGCGUGCGCGGCGCUACACACGCGCGCGCCGUCGCCUACGUGUCGCAGGCAGCCGCGCGCGGACAUGUGACGUUAGGUGUGCGACACAACAGAGCGGACAUCCAGCCGCUAGGGUUGCCUACAAUGGCUCCACACGCCCACCAGCCAUUGCUUACCGCUGACCCAUCUACACACCACAUGCCGCCUGCCUCAUAUAAUAUACUCCACCCAUCGCCUAUGUAUCCGCCUGCCAUGCCUGUGUACGGUGUUCAAUACGAUAGUCCUCCAGGCGGCUGGUCCCCAGUGCCUUAUGACGUCACUGUCACAAGAAAUGAUGGGGAAGGAUUCGGUUUUGUAGUUAUUUCUUCUACUAAUAAAGCAACAAGUACUAUAGGUCAAUUAAUUGCCAACUCUCCCGCCGCGCGCUGCGGUCGCCUGCACGUGGGCGACACAAUAAUCGCCAUCAACCACCUGCCAGUGCGCAACCUGCCGCACCCGGAGGUGGUCGCGCUCAUCAAGCGCUCCGGCGCCGCCGUCACCCUCACCGUGCUGCCUGCUCACCCCGCGCAGCACCCGCAGCACCCCCAGCACCCUCAGCACCCGCAGCCGCACUGCUGACACGGAUACAGAACUACUGAUGGAUACUGAACUACUGACGGAUACAGAACUACUGACGGAUACAGAACUACUGACGGAUACAGAACUAUUGACGGAUACAGAACUACUGACGGAUACAGAACUACUGACAGCUGUAUAACUGACGGAUACAGAACUACUGACGGUUGUGGAACUGCUGAUGGAUACCGAAUAUCUGACGGAUGCAGAAUUCAGUCGAAAGUGGAACUUCUGACGAAAGUGGAAUUGCCGACUAACACAGAACUUCCUACUAAAGUUGUAUUGCUGACUAACAAAACUGUCGACGACAGUAGAUCUGCUGAAUACGGAACUGCUGUCGGACGUAGAAUUACUGACAGAAGUGAAACUCCUGACUAAUGCGAAUUGCUGAACAGUAACUACUAAUCGUGUAUUUUGGUGAGUUUAUUAUGUAUUUUUUAUACUACUGAUUAAUAGACCUCUAAAAUUUAUGAGUUAUGGCAACAGCUAGUAAAAGCAAAGGUUUUGAUAUUCUUAAAGUAUUUCACACAAUGUGUGUGUUUGUAUUAUAUUUUGUAUCCCAGAUUUUUCAUUGUCUUUGCACGAACUAUACCAGUUUUUACAUUUAAAUAUGUAGGGUAACCACACUGUAUAUAAUUUUUCAGUAUUUUGGCAGCUUGUCAGUUGACAAUAAUUUAUUUAAGUUUUUAUUUAGUUAUGAUGGGAUAGCUUUAAUUAAUUGUAGAAUUUUAGUUUACGUCUAUAUACGAUUUAAUUAAAAGGAUUGAUAGUGGAACAAGUAACUCUCAUACACAUAAAAUUUAAUUUUACAUAAAACUAAUGUAAAAUUAGUACCAAUAAAUUGAGGCACAUUUUUAAAAUACUUACACAUAACUUAACAUUUUUUUGUAAUUAAGAAAAUGGAGCAAAAUGCACUUUAUAUUUCGAUGCAGACCUUUUGCAUAUAUUUCGGUAUUAUCCGUCCAAAUUGUGUUGACUAAACGACUAUAGAAGCGCGGAAACAUCUCUCUCUUUCUAAAUCUUUUGAUAGAGUAAGAUAGAAACACAUUCUGUGUUUUUAUAUGGGUAUGUAAAUGUAUGAUUUAUCGUUAUAAUAGAAUAAGAGAUAUUUAAAAUAUUUUUUUUUAAUAUCUCUAUGAUUUUGAUGUAAAUUUUGUAAUGGAUAUAUUUUUUAGAAAUCCAUUUAAUUAGUUAUUAAUAAUAAAGUAUCUUAAAACUCGAAUUUCUAUGUUUAAGGUUGCCUAAAUGCCUUUAGUGAACAGUAGUGGUUGAUAAAUUGAAAAAAAAACUUUAUUAUUCAAAUUACAAUUUUGUAUAUUGGAAAACAAUAAAAAAUUACCGUUUUCUUAUAAAUCAACCACUACUGUAAAAUAAUACGCGGACCACCGAGUGAAGAAAUAUGGGAUAAGAUUUAUUUAAUAAUUAUUAGAUUUAAGUUUACCUCGGAUAAAAUAGAUGGCGCGCAUGUCAUUCCCAUA